UCUUCGUCAUUCAUCUCACUCCAUGAUCCAUGCAUGCAUACGUACGAACCACGCUUGAUGUUAACCCACUUCGGCUCCUAGCGCCCAUCUCAAACAAAUUCGAAAUCUUACACUGAUCUCGGCGCCCCUGCCAUGCGUAUAUAUCUGCUCCACUCGUCGAGCUAGAGCUGCACACUCCAAUCAUCCCCAACACAGACGCCAGCUCGAGAAACGCAAUGCCCGGUUUGCACAACACCACCCCGGCGAUGGCGCAGUCCUACGACACGCCGGAGGGCGUGGACAUCCGCGGCCGUUACGAUCCGGAGUUCGCGGCCAUCCUCACCCGCGACGCGCUGGCCUUCGUUGCCGGCCUGCAGCGCGAGUUCCGCGGCGCCGUCAGGUACGCCAUGGAGCGCCGGCGCGAGGCCCAGCGGCGCUACGACGCCGGCGAGCUGCCGCGGUUCGACCCCUCCACGAGGUUCGUCCGGGAGGGCGACUGGGCGUGCGCGCCCGUGCCGCCGGCCAUCGCCGACCGGACCGUCGAGAUCACCGGCCCCGCCGACCCGAGGAAGAUGGUCAUCAACGCGCUCAACUCCGGCGCCAAGGUCUUCAUGGCUGACUUCGAGGACGCGCUGGCGCCGACGUGGGAGAACCUGAUGCGCGGGCAGGUGAACCUGCGGGACGCCGUGGCCGGCACCAUAAGCUUCCGCGACGCGGCGCGCGGCGGCCGGGUGUACAAGCUCGACGAGCGCACCGCGAAGCUGUUCGUCCGGCCGCGCGGCUGGCACCUCCCGGAGGCGCACGUGCUCAUCGACGGCGAGCCGGCCAUCGGCUGCCUCGUGGACUUCGGGCUCUACUUCUUCCACAGCCACGCCGCCUUCCGCGCCGGCCAGGGCGCCGGGUUCGGCCCCUUCUUCUACCUCCCCAAGAUGGAGCACUCCAGGGAGGCGAGGAUAUGGAACGGCGUGUUCGAGAGGGCGGAGAGGGUGGCCGGGAUCGAGCGGGGGAGCAUCCGGGCGACGGUGCUGGUGGAGACGCUGCCGGCGGUGUUCCAGAUGGACGAGAUCCUGCACGAGCUGCGCGACCACUCGGCGGGGCUCAACUGCGGCCGGUGGGACUACAUCUUCAGCUACGUCAAGACGUUCCGCGCCCACCCGGACCGCCUCCUCCCCGACCGCGCCCUCGUCGGCAUGGCGCAGCACUUCAUGCGCUCCUACUCCCACCUCCUCAUCCGCACCUGCCACCGCCGCCGCGUCCACGCCAUGGGCGGCAUGGCGGCCCAGAUUCCGAUCAAGGACGACGCGGCGGCGAACGAGGCGGCGCUGGAGCUGGUGCGCGGGGACAAGCUGAGGGAGGUGCGCGCGGGGCACGACGGCACAUGGGCGGCGCACCCAGGGCUCAUCCCGGCGAUACGGGAGGUCUUCGAGGGCCACCUCGGCGGGAAGCCUAACCAGAUCGACGCGGCGGCGCCCGUCGACGCCAUCACGGAGGAGGACCUGAUCCAGCCGCCGCGUGGGGCGCGCACGGUGGAGGGGCUGCGGCUCAACACCCGGGUCGGCGUGCAGUACCUCGCGGCGUGGCUGGGCGGGUCCGGGUCCGUGCCGCUGUACAACCUGAUGGAGGACGCGGCCACCGCGGAGAUCAGCCGCGUGCAGAACUGGCAGUGGCUGCGCCACGGCGCGGUGCUGGACGCCGGCGGCGUGGCGGUCCGGGCCACGCCGGAGCUGCUCGCGCGCGUCGUGGAGGAGGAGAUGGCGAGGGUCCAGGCGGAGGUGGGCGCGGCGAGGUUCCGGCGGGGGCGCUACGCGGAGGCUGGCAGGAUCUUCAUCCGGCAGUGCGUCGCGCCGGAGCUGGACGACUUCCUCACGCUGGACGCCUACGGCCUCAUGGUUGUGCACCAUCCUAGAGGGACGCCAUCCAAGCUCUGACUGGGAAUCUAGACUAAGAAAGCUGCCAGAUGCAUAUGCCUACUACUCCACCUAAGUUUACACAAUAAUCAUCUAGAAGGAGGAGAUUGGGACUGUGUGUUCCUAAGUUAUUACGGGGCACCUUCGGUUUUCUGCGUCAUAUUUCCCAUACCCUUCGCAUCAAAUCCAAAUACUAUAAUAAAUUGUGUACCCAGAAAGUGAAGUUGAUGACGUGGUUUAACCGUUUAA